AUGCGCGCCACCGUGUUUUCAAUGGCCUUGAUGGUCGCGGCAGGCAGCAAUGCCUCCGCCCAUGUCUUGACGGAUGCCAAGAGCGCAUCGUCCUCGUGGGGUGAGCUCUCGUCGUACGCGGACAAUCGAGAGGAUGCCUUUGGCGUCGGCUAUGUCGGCCUCCCCGACGGCUGCCAAGUUGAAUCCGUGAGCACCCUGCAGCGCCACGCGGAGCGCUUCCCGGACUCGGUCGACAACGUCACCACCGGCGGCUUCGCCCAGAAGCUCGCCGACUACAAGCGCGGCAACAAAGGCAAGCACUUCACCGGCCCGCUCAAGUUCCUCAACAGCUACCAGUACAUCCUGAACAACACCGGCCUGCUGACCGGCAUCGGCGCCAACACCGAGUUCGGCCGCGGCGUCGCCUUCUGGAACAACUACGGCCGCACGCUCUUCGACGCCCAGACGGCGCAGCUGCAGUACAGCGCCGUCUUUGGCGGCAACGGCACCGAGCGGCCCAAGGUGACGCUGCGCACGACCUCCCAGUCGCGCAUCGAGAACUCGCAGAUCAACUGGGCGCUCGGCUUCUUCGGCCCGUCGUUCAACGCGACCCCCGAGCCGGACCUGCUGCACUGGACCGCGCCCUUCAGCACCGUCAUCAUCCCCGAGGGCGGCACCGAGAACAACACGCUCGCCUCGUACGACGGCUGCACCAACUCGGACACCAAGGCCAACAACGACCUCGCCGCCUUCCACCAGGAGCGCUACAUCAAGAUCUACGCGCGCGCCGCCGCCGAGCGCCUGGCCAGCCACGCACCCGCCGGGUUCAGCUUUACGGCGGAGGACGUCUACGCGAUGCAGAUGACGUGCGCGUACGAGUACGGCUACGUCGGGCAGUCGGACUUUUGCCAGCUCUUCACCGCCGCCGAGUGGGCCGGCUUCGAGACGGUGCUCGACCAGCAGUACUACUACCUGUACGCGUACGGCAACCCGACCGGCCGCGCGCAGGGCGUCGGCUACGUCCAGGAGCUGCUCGCCCGCCUGGAGCACCAGUACAUUUCCGUCGGCAACUCCUCCGUCAACGCCACCUUUGACGACAACGGCAAGACGUUCCCGUUGGGCCAGAAAGUGUACGCCGACUUUUCGCACGACGACAUCAUCAUCUCCGCGCUGACCGCGCUGUCGGUGGACUACUUCAAGAGCGCGCCGACGCUCGACGAGUUCCCCCCGGCGACCGGCGCUCACUUCACGCUGUCCCACCUGACGCCGUUUGGCGCCAACCUGGUCACGGAGCAGAUCGGCUGCGCGGCGCCGGACCCGGCGCCGGUGGAGAACCGCCGCGUGGCGUACACGGCCGGUCAAUACGGGUACGAGGCGAAGAACGCGACGCACAAGUUCAUCCGCAUGCGGCUGAACAACGGCAUCAUCCCGCUUAACACGAUCCGCGGCGGCAAGUGCGGCGACGCCACGUCCGGUCGCCUCGACGGACUGUGCGAGCUGGGCGCGUUCCUGGAGAGCCAGGCAAACACGUUCCAGGAGAGCAACUACCAGUAUGCCUGCUUCGGAAACUACACCCUCAAGAACUCGACAAAGAACGUUGACUAUGAUGGCACGAUUUUCGCCGGCAAGACGUACAACUAA